GCUAUCUCCGCAAUUUUUAUGGAAACACUCCGCCCCUACUGAUAUAUAUACAGCCAAGUUCGAACCAUCCGCGUUCAUUAUGAAUUCCCUUAGUCUAUUCGACAAAGGCGGCUUCGAUUUUGACCAGGCAGAGAAAGAGUUUUUCGCAUUUGGCGAGCGUAUGCAAACCAAUUUUGGUGGAACACCUUUUGAAACAUUCUUCGAUGAUUUUACUUUUGCUGUUACGACAGAUCAUGACGCUGGAGGAAGUCUUGGAAUGGGGGCAGAGUUUACCAAAAUGUGCACACACGGGCACGGAGGCGACUGGGACAUGGAGAGCGCGAUGGACGCACCCUUGCGCGUAGGCGAUCACGUCAUGUGGAAGGAGAGCGCGGUGCAAGCAAAAUGGAAAUCUUUUGCCAGGUAUGAGCACAACGGUAAAAAGGACUGUGGCAAAUCCAAGUGUGCGGUGUCUGGAGCAAAAUUGACUGAUGUGGAUUGCAGCAGCAACAAUAUAAAUUAUGAUGAGUGGAAGCACGUGGAGCAUAAAAUGCGGGUCAUGAAGGGAACUGUGACGAAGGUGUCCGAGUCUUUGAGAGCUGUCGGAGUUAACCAAUCGAAUACUUUACUCACAGCUUCUCAUCACUACCUGCUGCAGAAUCCCAAACUCUCAGCAUCAAAUAAGGCUCUUGUUCUGGAAGCUAUCAACAAUGUAGUAUCGGAUACGAAAAUUGUCAACGAACUGGAUGAACAACUAGUUCAUUUGAUGAUAAAUCUUGCCACGCGGGAAAUGACAAUGACCAGCAAGUAUUGCCGAUCAGCGCCAAUUCGAUUUUCUUUCGUCCUCUUGAUAAAAAACGAGUUGACACGGUGUUAUUUAUGCAUCCUAAAUCGAGUGUUAUCGAAAACUCUUCCUUGGAAUCGUAGCAUUGCCAUCUAUAUUCUUGUGCACCUCAAAAAAUAUAUCAUAUCGCAUAUCAUCCAAUCGCAUAAGUGUACAGUGUUGCUUUUAUGUUUCACUGCUUCUAUAUUCUCUCGCUGA